AUUGGAGUCACGCUUUUCCUGACUGUGCUGACGUCUGUCCAGACCCGCGGCAUAGUCCCACGGCCAAAGCACUGUAUUGGCAACUUUCUUUUAUGGCCUAUGACUGACGCGGCGGAGGACUUCGACAAGGAGACACUCUUCACCAUCGCUCUCCGCAUUCGCAAUUCACUUAUACGUCUUCGAGAGCCCGGAUAUGCCGCCGCCUCCGAUGCAGCAAGCGGGGCGAAAGCUGUUGAAUUUCUCAACGCAGAACUUGCACAGGACUUCAGACAGCGGCCGGGGCACAUGGUGGUGAAUUCAAACUGGCGGUGAGCGCUGAUUAGAUUGUUCAUUCACUUUGUUACGGCUAA